AUGAAUAUCUCACAUCAGCAUGGGCUUCACGGACUGCACCAGCCACACAGGAAUCACAGCUUGGGGGCUCUGUCCAUGGGUAAAGAUUCUCACAGUGCCAGAGACUCCUCCUCUGGCUGUUACGAGCAGCUGCUCAUCUCCACGGAGGUCUUCCUCACCUUGGGCUUGGUCAGCCUCCUAGAGAACAUUCUGGUCAUCGCGGCCAUCGUUAAGAACAAGAACCUUCACUCGCCCAUGUACUUCUUCAUCUGUAGCCUGGCCGUGGCCGACAUGCUGGUGAGCGUUUCCAACGCCACGGAGACCAUCGUCAUGGCGCUCAUCACCGGGGGCAACCUGGCCAUCCCGGCCGGCGUCAUCAAGAGCAUGGACAACGUGUUCGACUCCAUGAUAUGCAGCUCCCUGCUGGCCUCCAUCUGGAGCCUAUUGGCUAUCGCCGUGGACCGCUACGUCACCAUCUUCUACGCUCUACGUUACCACAGCAUCGUGACCCAGCGUCGCGCCGUGGUCAUCAUCACCUGCAUCUGGAGCCUGUGCACGGCGUCGGGGGUGCUCUUCAUCGUCUACUCCGAGAGCACCACCGUCCUCAUCUGCCUCAUCAGCAUGUUCUUCACCAUGCUGGCUCUAAUGGCGUCGCUCUACGUCCACAUGUUCCUGUUGGCGAGGCUUCACAUGAAGCGGAUCGCCGCGCUGCCCGGCAACGGCCCCAUCCUCCAGGUGGCCAACAUGAAAGGGGCUAUCACUCUCACCAUCCUCUUGGGCGUUUUUGUGGUAUGCUGGGCACCCUUCUUCCUUCAUCUUAUCCUUAUGAUUUCCUGUCCCAGAAACCCUUACUGUGUUUGUUUCAUGUCUCAUUUCAACAUGUACCUCAUCCUCAUCAUGUGUAAUUCUGUCAUCGACCCCAUCAUCUACGCCUUCAGGAGUCAGGAGAUGAGAAAGACUUUCAAAGAGAUUUUCUGUUGCUGGUAUAGUCUGGCCUCAGUUUGUGUUUCUGAUCUGACCAGCAAGUUCUUAGAUUGA